GACCCCGAGCGUGGCCGCAGCGAAGAUGGCGACUGCCAUGUACUUGGAGCACUAUCUGGACAGCAUUGAGAACCUUCCCUGUGAACUUCAGAGGAAUUUCCAGCUGAUGCGAGAGCUAGACCAGAGAACAGAAGAUAAGAAAGCAGAGAUUGACAUCCUGGCUGCGGAGUACAUUGCCACAGUGAAGACUCUUUCUUCAGAGCAGCGUGUGGAGCACCUGCAGAAGAUCCAGAGUGCCUAUAGCAAGUGCAAGGAGUACAGUGAUGACAAGGUGCAGCUGGCCAUGCAGACCUAUGAGAUGGUGGAUAAACACAUCCGAAGGCUUGAUGCUGACCUGGCACGCUUUGAGGCUGACCUGAAGGACAGAAUGGACGGAAGUGACUUUGAAAGCUCUGGACCACGAAGUUUGAAAAAAGGUCGGAGUCAGAAAGAAAAAAGAAGCUCCCGGGGCCGAGGCAGGAGGACAUCAGAAGAGGAUACGCCAAAGAAAAAGAAGCAUAAAAGCGGGUCUGAGUUUACGGACAGUAUCCUAUCUGUGCAUCCGUCUGAUGUGCUGGACAUGCCUGUGGAUCCGAAUGAACCUACGUACUGCCUGUGCCACCAGGUGUCCUACGGGGAGAUGAUUGGCUGUGACAAUCCAGAUUGUCCAAUUGAGUGGUUUCAUUUUGCCUGCGUGGAUCUCACCACAAAGCCCAAAGGAAAGUGGUUCUGUCCACGAUGUGUUCAGGAAAAGAGGAAGAAGAAGUAAAGAAGAGGCCGUUGUGCCAGACUGAAGAGCAAGCUAAUAUAUUUCUUCACUCAUGUUGCAAUAUUAUCUUUCAUUUUAAAAC